CCGGCGGAGGAGGAGGCGGUGACGACAACGACGGCGGUCGGUUCGUCCGUCCGUGCGUCCGCUCCGUCUGUCCGCGCGGCCACCUGUCCGUCGCACCCCUCCUGUUUCCCUGCCCUGCCGGUGUCCUCCCUCCAAGCCCGCGCUCCAUGGCCGAGUCCACGGCGCCGCGGACCCGCGGCCCAGCCGUCGCCGCGAUGCUGCAGAGCCCGGCGCGCAUCUCCCGCAUGCGGGAGAAGGAGGAGCUGCGGCAGCUGAACGACCGGCUGGCCGUGUACAUCGACAAGGUGCGGAGCCUGGAGACGGAGAACAGCGCGCUGCAGCGGCAGAUGAUCCACCGGGAGGAGGUGCGGGGCCUCGAGGUCACCGGGCUCAAGGCGAUCUACGAGGGGGAGCUGGCGGACGCGCGGCGGACGCUGGACGACACGGCGCGGGACCGCGCCAGGCUGCAGAUCGAGCUGGGCAAGCUGCGCGCCGACCACGAGCAGCUCCUGGACAGCUAUGCAAAAAAGGAAUCUGACCUUAGUAGAGCCCAGGUCAAACUUCAUGAGCUUGAUGCAGCCCUGAAUUCUAAAGAAGCUUCACUGGCCACAGCCCUUGGUGAUAAGAAAAGUCUGGAGGGAAAAAAUAAAGAGUUGAAAGAUGAAAUACAAGAGCUUGAAACUUCUUUAGCUGCUGCCAAGAACCAGCUUAUGAAAGAAACCUUGCAGAAAGUGGAACUUCAGAACCGUUGUCAGAGCCUCUCUGAGGACCUGGAAUUCCGUAAAAAUAUGUAUGAGGAGGAGAUCAAAGAGAUGAGAAGGAGGCACGCGACGCGCCUGGUGGAGGUGGGCUCUGGGUCCCAGCUCGAGUUCGAGCACAAGCUGACCCAGGCCCUCCGCACGAUCCGAGAGCAGCACGAGGCACAAGUGAGGCUCUACAAGGAGCAGCUGGAAGCGACUUACAGCUCCAGGCUGGAGAGUGCCAGGAUGUCCUCGGAGGUGAACAGCUCUGCAGUCCACACCAUCCGGGAGCAGCUGAACGAGAGCCGCAUGCGCAUCGAGAGCCUGUCCUCCCUCAUCACCAGCCUCCAGAGAGAGUCCAGAGAGUGGCAGGACAAAGUACAGGAGCUGGAGAUCACCUUGGCCGAGGAGCAGGAGAACAACCGCAAAGCACUGGCAGAGAAGGAGAAGGAAAUUGCAGAGAUAAGAAGUCAGAUGCAGGAGCAUCUGAGUGGCUACCAGCAGCUCCUGGAUGUUAAACUGGCAUUUGACAUGGAGAUCAAUGCAUACCGGAAAUUGCUGGAGGGUGAAGAGGAGAGGCUGAACCUGUCCCCCGGCCCCUCCUCGCGGGUCACCAUCUCGCACGCCUCGUCCAGCCGCAGUGUGCGCACAGCCGGCCGCAAGAGGAGGAGGAUUAACGUGGAGGAGUCCGAGGCCAGCAGCAGCAUGAGCAUUUCCCACUCUGCCUCUGCCACGGGGAACGUGUCCAUCGAGGAGAUAGAUGUGGACGGGAAGUUCAUUCGCUUGAAGAACACCUCUGAGCAGGAUCAACCUAUGGGAGGCUGGGAGAUGAUCCAAAAAAUAGGAGACACUUCUGCAAGUUACAGAUACGCCUCAAGAUACGUACUAAAGGCAGGCCAGACCGUUACAAUCUGGGCUUCAAAUGCUGGAGUAGCUGCGAACCCUCCCACUGACCUCAUCUGGAAGAACCAGCUUUCCUGGGGCACUGGGGAAAAUGUGAAAGUUGUGCUGAAGAAUUCUCAGGGAGAGGAGGUUGCUCAAAGAAUUACUGUGUUCCAAACAACAGCACGUAAAGGGGAAAAUGAAGAAGUUGAGGAAGAAGUAGGUGAAGCUCUGGAUGAGGAAGACAUUCACCAUCAGCAGGCAGAGCAAAGGGCAUCCAACAGAAGCUGUGCAGUCAUGUGAAAUUCCAGCCACUCCAGGUUCCUCCAGCCGUGGUAAUCCCUGCCUGCAGAACUGAGCCUUCUGAGAAGCACAACGUCAUUUUCCUGUCUGUGAAUUUUUAAAUUCUGCGAGUCUGAUGGCCUUAAACUUCCUCUGCCACUGAAAAAAAAAAAAAAAAAAAAAAAAGGAAAAAAAAACCAACAAAAGAAAAAGGAAGGUUUGUCACAAGCAUCUCGACUUCCUCGCAGAAUGUGAGCUGUUGGCUCCUGACAAGGGGCAUCCAGCGGAUGCUCCUCUCUCCCUCUCUCAGAUUUAUACACCAGUCUCUCUUCAUUGAAGCCUUGCUGGAGUAGGAAUAUUCCAGUGUGUUUUGGGGAUCGAUUUUUUUUAGAUUAUACCACUCUAGACUAGUUGCUACGACCUCUUUGUAAUAUAGGUGCUGUUGGUUUAGAGUUCUUAAAUCUGGAGGAGAAUUCAUGUUACACCUUGUGGUUGUGUUGUUAAGAUAGUGUUACCAUCUUGAAUUUUUAUGUGGUUUUUUCUAACAAAUCAGAAAGCUGUUUUAAUAUGGAUUCCCUUAUUUGUUUACAAUUUUUAGUAACAAAACAAAGUCUCUAGAGGUCUAGUCUACAUUUGUAUGGGAAACAGAUGUAAUUUUGCCAAUGUUGAAAGUUUUUCUGUCCUUUUCCCAUUAUUCUAAUGUCUGAAAAAUAUUUAAAUAAAGUAUGUCUGUGCUG